UAGUGGUCUAAUGACAAGGGCCGACGACGGAAGCUCGGGACGGAGCCGUAUGAUGCGGAAGUAUCACGUACGGUUCCCUGAGAAGGGUGGCUACCUACUGGAGCUUCGACCAACCACUACCGGUCAAUUCCGCUUUGGGGCCACCCCUUACUCUACCAUUAUUAUAGGGGUAUGGGGUUCGAGACAAAGAAAGAUCAAGGCAGCAUAUCAGUUUUUCCUUUAUACUUUACUUGGAUCUGUUUUUAUGCUAUUAGCUAUUCUGUUGAUUCUUCUCCAAACAGGAACCACCGAUUUACAAAUAUUAUUAACCACAGAAUUUAGUGAGCGGCGCCAAAUCUUUUUAUGGAUUGCUUUUUUCGCCUCUUUCGCUGUCAAAGUUCCUAUGGUACCAGUUCAUAUUUGGUUACCCGAAGCUCAUGUAGAGGCACCCACGGCAGGAUCCGUUAUCUUGGCAGGAAUUCUUUUAAAAUUGGGAACUUACGGGUUUUUAAGAUUUUCAAUACCCAUGUUUCCUGAAGCGACACUUUGUUUCACUCCUUUCAUUUAUACUCUAAGCGCGAUUGCUAUAAUAUAUACUUCCUUGACCACUUUAAGACAGAUCGAUCUUAAGAAGAUCAUUGCUUACUCCUCAGUAGCCCAUAUGAAUUUUGUGACUAUUGGUAUGUUUAGUCUGAACAUACAGGGAAUUGGAGGUAGCAUUCUACCGAUGUUAAGUCAUGGACUGGUUUCUUCAGCCCUUUUUCUAUGUGUUGGUGUUCUAUAUGACCGACAUAAGACUCGACUUGUUAGAUAUUACGGAGGUUUAGUGAGCACCAUGCCGAAUUUCUCUACCAUUUUCUUCUUUUUCACUUUAGCCAAUAUGAGUUUACCUGGUACUAGCAGCUUUAUCGGGGAAUUUCUCAUCUUAGUAGGAGCUUUCCAAAGAAAUAGCUUAGUAGCCACAUUAGCAGCGCUUGGGAUGAUUUUAGGCGCGGCCUAUUCCCUUUGGCUAUAUAAUCGUGUGGUUUCUGGAAAUUUAAAACCCGACUUCCUCCAUAAAUUCUCCGAUCCAAAUGGCAGAGAAGUUUUCAUAUUUAUACCCUUUCUUGUUGGAGGGGCGACCGUCCGUUAAACUACCAAAGAAAAAAAAGGGUAAACCAAUGUGAUCAUGACAUUGUAGGUGCUUGCGAUGGGACGGAUGCGACUUCCCUCAGUUGGUUUGGGUGGCAUAGCCCGUUGCGGAAGUCCCCCCCCUUUUUUUUGAUCCAUUUCUUUAGUCUUUAGGGAGCCAAAGCUUGACUUUUCAAAUAAGGCUCGCGCAGGGGCGCUCACGUUUUUUGGCUGAGCCGUAUCUUGUUGGGUGAGACCGAGAGAAAGAAAGGACGGAGGUUACCCUGGUAAUGGCAUUUCUCGACCGUGUCUCCGAGGGACAGUUGAACGAGCGACUCAUGAAUGCUGCCAGAUCGAACGAGCCAAUAACUCGAACGCUUUCGGUCUGUUUUUUGAGCAAGAAUCACAGCGUUACCUUACCUUCACCAUGAUACAGACUCCAAGUUCUUAUGGCAGAGCACGAGGAGAUUUUUCAUCAAUAUGAUGAUGAGAAUAGAAACCAGAAGCACGACCGGAGUCUUCGUGGUCCAAGAUAAGAAAACCAUCAAUAAGAGUAACGUAAGCAUGAGACUUUUUGGUAGUACCGGUGAACCAGAUGGCCGCGGCGAUAGAAUCUGGGACGGAGGACUCGUAGUAUCUCUCUAGAUCUGGCAAAAGCGAAAGACCCCCUAACUUCGAAUGGAGGCUGACUGCUGAGCCCACUCUGGCCUCGAAGGGCAAGCCCCCGUGGUUGCGAGCUGGAGCUGCCAUUGCUUAUGGCUAGAGCAAUGGGAGGGGCCCCCCGCAGAGAGAACAGUAAGGAUAACGAGCGCUCCGCCCGCUUGGCGGGCGGCAGGAGCUGCAGGCAAGUGCUUGGUAGGCUAACAGCCCAGUGAACCGGGAAGAGCACUCGACGAAAGGAGGACACACUAAGCAAGUACGAGAAAUUGGCCCUGCUCCGCUUUCUUAAAAGCAAGGUGACCCCUGUUAAGGAGGUCAAACCAAGGACCUAUGGAAGUCGGGGCUCGUCCCUGGUCAAUAUUGGAUCAAACAAUAGGAGGCCGUAGCGCUGACCUCUUUUUUUAUUGAUUCAAUAGGGGAAAAGAUCGUACAGUUCCCUACCGAGACAACAGAAACUCUCAACGGAUCUUCUGCGCGCUGGGCAUACUUCUUCCGUGCGUCUUUCUCGUGGCGGAAACAGAACAACAGGGAAAGACCCGGCCGACCUGCCCAGGUCGCCUUGGCGAGCUUUAUUUAAGAGAGACUGGGGAGUCAAAAGACUUCCGUUUCCGUUCUUGGUUUGCUCUUCGCCUCUCGCUCUUUUUCGUAGUUGGGAAGAGGGAAGGAGUCUAAAUCAAUGGACAUUAAUGAACCAUCAUUGAUGGACGUUGCACAUGACACGAUCAAUUCGACUCAAGGUCCUUCGCUAAUAGAAGUUGCUUACUCUCCUAGUAGCGAAGGAAAAGGGCAGGGCUCUUUUUUCGUAGUAAUAGUGGGCGGGUCUCAUGAGAUCUAUGCCGGCCGCAAAAAGAAAACGAGGGUCGAAGGACCAUUCGAUUGAUUAAGGGGCAUAGCGGCGCCCUCGACUGGCGCCAUUCCCCGACCUAGCAGCAGACGGGCGGGCCGUGCCUGAAUUCAGACCAGACUUUUCUUUGUUUGAGCUGUUCCCACGCACGCAGAACGGAAGAUCUCAGUUGUCCUGGACUGUGGACAAGUACGUAGGGCCCCCCGUUGAACAGAAUUAUUACCUGCCUCUACGGAAGAAGUUUACUUUGUACCGUCCGGAGGUCAUAUAGAUCGGAACCCGGAGCGAUAAGAACGAAAGCCCUACCCACAGCUACAACUAAUGGCACUUCAAAAGGCUUAGAUUUUCAGGUAAUUCCUAUUUGCUUACUUGAUAGAGUAAGGGCGCUACUGAAAGCUUUUUUUAGGUCGUGUAAGCCUCGAAUUUGGUAUUUCGGUAGAGCGAGCAGCCCUUAAAAAAAAAAGGAUUUAUAGUACCUUCCAAAAGCAUAGCUUUAGCUAUUACAACCGAAAGCUUCGCUUAAGCUCAACUUCGAGCUUUAGGUUGUUUACAUGCUUAAGCUUCGCUUUAGCGAUUACAUCGGAAGGAAAGGCCUUCGCAUUCCUAAUCCGGUAGGGCCGGGCAGCUUUAGCUUGGCGAAUCGCAUCCCCGCGCAACGACAUCGCUCUUGACCGUUCUCGCUCAGUCUUUGCAACGGCUGGGAAGGCAGUCGUAGAAGCGAAGCCUAUCGCCCCGCCGACCAUCAACCCUUCUCAAAAAUUGGAUGGAAUGGCCCGCCCCACCCAAGAGCGCUUAUGUCAUAUGGGAACUCAUGGCUGGAAACAAUCCUUAUGGUUUUGAUAUCCGGUAGGAAUAAUAAGAAUCAAAGUCCAGGUUGGUUGGUGAGCCUAGUGAUAGGAAACUAUCUAGCUUGGUUCGGAGAGCACUUGUUGGGUGAAAGAUUUUUUUUUGCUAGAUGUUAUGGCCUAAAUGCUGAACUAUUGACUCUACUUGUUUGGAUGGGUGUUCACCCCAAAGUGUUCCCGGACCGCAUGCAUACAUCCGUAAGUAACUUAGUGCAACAUGGAAAAUUUCAUUGAGAGGAAUCAGCAAAGAAAAGAAAAAAGGGUAAAUUAAU